ACUUUUUUAGAUCAAGCUAUUCUCGUGACCAUUUUAUUUUUUUCGCCCCUUUUGUCUCCGCUUCUCAACCAUCUUUCAUGUCUUUGCUCCUCUUUUGAACACCGAAAACAGAGCGAAGGCCAUGGCUUCCGGCAUGAGCCUGCAACACAUCUUUGAAAACCCAUUGCCUGAAAAACCAACGCUUUUGCAGUCCCUCUCAGUGAACCAGAUUAGACCCGUCAAACCCAUUGACGAUUCCUCCUUCACAGAAUUAUUCGGUGAACUCCAUUUCAAGGAAAGUCCUCAAUUGUCCCCUUCGUCUUCCCUUCUUCCCACUUCACCGUCAUUAGACCUUGGUUCUGACAUAAACCAAACCUCUGUUUCAAGCACCCCAGAGGGUCAUGAUUUCGAGAAUCCAUUGCUAGAAAGCCCAAGUCUGCUUGAAUCCCUCUCGUUCAAUAAAAUUAAACCCGCCAGACCCGUUGACGAAUCAUCGAUUAGUGAAAUAUUCGAUGAACUCCAUUUCAGCGAGAGUCCUACGCCAUCUCCUCCUUCAUCUGCCCCUGUUUCUGCUUUGCCGUCAACAGGCCUUCAAAUGCUCGAUCAAAAAGACGUGUUCGACUCAAGACAGAGCACCCCGGAAUCAAACUAUAUCAUCCGUCAUAAAAGAAGCGACAGUUUUUCAUCUUUGAAUUCUGAUAGUCUUCAUUUUUGCACAGAGGGUCUUGGUUUCGAGAGCUCAGAUGAUAUGGAGGACUUGAAGGCUGGAAUGGAUGAAUAUUGCUGGGAAACUCAAAGCGAGAAAUCUGGUAUUAAGAAGAAGAAUUUGGCUUCGGAAGAUUCAUACGGAGAAUGCAGAAGGUCAAAGAUAAGGGGGUUAGAGUACCCUCCCCCUAUUUCAUGCAUAGGGAGCACUGGGAAGCCUUGGGUUUGGUUCAAGUCUUACAGGGACAAUGGAAGAUUUGUUUUGAAAGAAAUAAGAAUACCCACACGGGAGUAUCUUAAUGCUUAUAGAGAAGAUGGAAGGCUGAAGCUGCACUUUGUUCUACCGGAUGGUGAGUUUCUAGAAGAGCAGAAUGAGGAAGAAGAGGAUGAUGAUGCUGAGAGUAGAGACGGGGAAGAAGACGACGACGACGGUGUGGUAAGCAUAGAUGAGGGAGAAGAAAACACGGAAAAAGGAAACUAUGAUGGUACAAGAGAUCAGGGUAACGAAGGAAAAGAGAUUGAUGUAUAAGCCAAUUCAUGGAAGUUAGGAAGAUUCAAAUAAAAUAGGAUCUGCUAUGCUUUUCGACUCUAA